CCACGGGGCCGAGGCGGGGGCUGGCUCCGGUCCCUGUGGCCGUGGGACGGGGUGCCGCAGGCGGUCGCCCCGCCGCCGGGGCGAGGGGCGGCCCUCCUUCCCCGGGUAGGUGCCACUGGGCCACCGCGUUGGUGGAGCGCCUUGAUCCCGUCGGGUUUGGCUGCUCGCUGAAAGCCAGCGGUCACUGAUGGGGCAGCCGAGCUGUAGGUUGGGGCUGGUCUGAAGCUGUUUGUGGCCGAAGUGCAGGUCUGCAGCUUAGGGGAAAGUGUGCCUUCAGAUAGCGCCUGAGUCGCCUAGGAGAUAAAAACCCGGUAGAUCAUGGUCUCAGGAGAGUGCACUAUUGUGGAGUACAGGCAAGCGGCCCUGACUCUUGUUUUAUCCCAGCAGUAUGCGUCUCAGUUCCUGGUGAGGAAACGUCGAGCAAAUUCUUUUAUGGAAGAAAGUAAGAAAGGAAAUCUCGAAAGAGAGUGUGUUGAAGAAUUAUGCAAUAAGGAAGAAGCCAGGGAAAUCUUUGAAAACAAUCCUGAAACUGAGUAUUUUUAUCCCAAAUAUUUAAGUUGCCUUGCCUCCCAUCGAGCAGGGGUGUUCAGGGUUAUUGCAGUUACUCCAGAUUCUCCAGCUGACCUGAGGGCUUGUGUCAGUGAAAUUUCAAACCAGUGUAGCCCUCUGCCAUGCCAUAAAGAUGGAUAUAAGGAUUGCAUAGAUGGACAAGCCCAGUAUACGUGUGUCUGUAAACCAGGAUGGCAAGGAGAGAAAUGUGAAGAAGAUAUGAAUGAAUGUGAUGACUUAAAUGGAGGUUGCAGCCAACGCUGUUCUAAUUUACCUGGAAGCUACCGUUGUUUAUGUGAAGAUGGCUACUUCAUGCAUUCAAAUAAACGAGAUUGUGGAGAUAUAAACGAAUGUCUGUUACAUCCAAACAUCUGUGGGACCGCCACCUGUAAAAACACGCUGGGGAAAUAUGAAUGUGAGUGUCCAGAAGGCUACACAUACAAUGCAACAUCCAAGAACUGUGAAGAUAUUGAUGAAUGUGCUGAAAAUGUUUGUGCUCAACUCUGUGUAAACUCUCCAGGAAGUUAUAGCUGCUAUUGUGAUGGCAAAAAAGGGUUCAAGCUCUCUAAGGACAUGAAGAAUUGUGAGUCUGUUACUGCGUGUAUCCCACUGAACCUUGAAAAGAAUUAUGAACUGCUUUACCUGGCAGAGCAAUUUAUAGGAAUUCCCGUUCUGUAUUUAAAGUUUAAAUUGCCAAAUGUCACAAGAUUUACAGCAGAAUUUGAUUUCCGGACAUAUGAUGCUGAGGGAGUUAUACUGUAUGCAGAAUCCCUUGACAAUACAGCAUGGAUCUUGCUUGCUCUUCGUGAUGGAAAAAUUGAAGUUCAGUUCAAGAAUGAAUUUGUAACAAAAGUCACCAGUGGCGGCAAAGCCAUUAAUGAUGGACUGUGGCAUAUAAUAUCAGUUGAAGAACUAGAACACAGCAUCAGUGUAAAAAUAGCUAAAGAAGCCGUGAUGAGUAUUAACAGUCCAGGAACUCUUUUUAAACAAUCACAGGGCUUCUUGGAAACUAAGGUGUACAUUGCAGGAUUACCUCGCAGAGUAGACAACACUCUUGUUAAACAGAUUAACCCUCGGCUAGAUGGGUGCAUUCGUGCCUGGAACUUGAUGAAUCAGGGACACUCAGGUGUAAAAGAAGUUAUUCAAGAAAAACAAAGCAAACACUGUUUAGUAGCAGUGGGGAGAGGAUCCUUCUACCCUGGCACUGGAAUGGCCAUGUUUCAGAUUAACUAUAAUGAUCUUGACAGUGCUGAAGAUUGGCUAAUAAAUGUGUCUAUGACUAUUCGCCCAUCCACAGACACUGGUGUUAUGUUUGCCUUGGUUUCUGGUGAAACAGUGCCUCUUGCUUUGUCCAUAGUGGACUCUAACUCCUCUGACUCACAGAAAAUCAUUGUGACCAUUCGAAACAUCACUGUUGCGCAUCUGGAAUCAAAGAAGUUAUGUACGCCCAGAAAAGUGCUAGUUGGACUUCUGGUAACCAAACAGCAACUUGAACUGUCUGUUGAUUCUCAGACAGACAGAAGCAAUACAGAGCAACUGUCUAUCCUGCAUCAAGCAAUGAUGGCAAAUGUUGUUACCUACUUGGGCGGCCUGCCAGAUGUUCCUCUGGGUGCUACGUUAGUAACCGCUUUUUACAAUGGCUGCAUGGAGGUGGAGGUCAACAACAGACAGCUGGAUCUGGAUGAAGCCGUUUCUAAACACAAUGACAUUAGAUCUCACUCGUGCCCACUGAUUAUGCAGUAACCAUUCAAUUCUUAAUUUAACUUUUUUCUUUCAGAUAUAAUUUGUGUAAUUAGUCUCAUGCCAUAAUGAAGCCUGUAUUAUGUUAUUCAACAUGUGCCAGGAAAAUAAUCAACAGCAUGUUUUUCCUCCCUUUUAUAUAGAAGGGGGGGAAAAUCCCCUCGUUUCAGCUGUAAAGAGACAAUCAAGAUAAAAUUCUGUAAGAUGUUCUUUUAUUCAUAUCAGUGAUAAAUCUUAAAGCUAGAUUUAUCUUCCAUGUUCAUACUAUGCUCUUGAUAUAUUUAGUUUGGAGAAAGAGUUCAGGAAGUUCUGUUUAGAACCAAUUUUACUACUCAUUUUUCAUAUAUUAGCACAGAGUCACAAGUUGCACAUUUUGGUCAUGUGUUUGAAUCUAAACAAAACCAGUCUUAUUAAACUUCUCCAAGCAUCACAUGCAAAGAAAAACCUCUACAGAUUUUCUAAUAUGUGCUUGUGGUAAAGGAAAAGAAAAAAACCCCAACAGAAUCCGGAGCCCAAGCUCUCUGUGAAUAUGUUUACAAGUUGUAUCAAUAUCAGUAAAGCAACUUCAGAACUGAAAUGUUUUUGUAAGUAGCUCAAUUUUUGAAAAUAGUUUUUAUUUUACUGUACCAGCUUUAAUGCUUCUAUCUUAGGGACCCAGCUUUAGGCUUUUAAAAGAGUUCUGGAUUACGUCAGGUAAUUUACUUUCAGAGUCAGUUAAAACACACCCCAGGCAAUUUUGGAAAACAGGAGAUGGCUUGAAAGAAUGUGCUCUGGUCUUCAUCACGGGAUAUCCAACUGGAAUUUGCCAAGUAAAGCUGAGAAAUUAUGGCAGACAUUUCUUCCAUUCAUGACAAAUCUAGCACUCCUCAAUCUGAGCACCGUCUAAUGGUCCAUUAUUUUCCUGUUAUCUAGGUCAAUCUUGCAUUCACAGAGCCCCAGAAGAAACUUAUUUGUGAGCCCUGUUGCAGUUGUGUUUCUGACAUACUUGAAAGCCUAAAUUUUGCUAGCAACAUCAGAACGUAAAGCCAUAUUCUGCUCAGCCACUUUAAUAGAAGAGGUAAUUAGAAAAAUACUGUUUUUCUCAGGUGUACUUAUUUCAAGCAAUUUUAAUAUUAUUUUUACAUCCUUUGAGCAUUCCUUCCACUUCCAACCUCGUUUUCACACAACCAGGAACCCUCCCGUUCAGCUCACCUAGUGGGUUUUUUAACCCCAAACCAAAUAAAUAGCAAGAAAAUUGCUGUAAGUGAUGAAUACAUACUCUCAUCCAUCAACUGGAGAGACAUUUAUCUGCCAGGAUUCUUGACCUGAGGUUUGCUUUCUUCACUCGAGACAUUGAAGAAGAAAUGUAUGUGCAGAAGGAUGGAUUGUGACAAUAUUCAUUUUGAGGAUUGCCUUUCUCCAGAGAUAUUCCCAGUGACGUUAGCAAGGUUUCUUUCAUUGUCAAGUCCUAACAUUAGUACCUUCGUAUUGCAGAAUCCGAGCCCAUCUUUCAACAUUAUUACUUUGUCUGAGGUUAUUGUUGACUUCACUUCCCACUUGCAUAAUGUAAUACAUUGGUUUCUCCCAAGUCCAUGAAGGGCAAAUAACUGCAGGAAAGCACCCCUCCCUGGUCUCCUCCCAUCCCAACACACACAUUCUUCAUUUGGGCCCAAGUAGAUGAAUAACUUGACUGAAAUAAGUGGGUUUUGUAUGCGAGACAGAGCUGAAUCGGGACAAAUACACGUGAUCAUUUAUAGUAUCUCAGCAGUGCCUACUGAAUUCUGGAAAGCCCUUGGGUCAGUCUCUGCCUUGUACAACAAAUACCAAUGAUGAGAGAUGAGGAACACAAAAUAAAGUGUCAGCAGUACUCAGUGCUUAUGUUGGCCUGUGAUAAUAGAAGAAAAGGGAAUUUUUGGUGGGGUUUUCUUUUGUUGUUUGUUUUUUAGGUUUUGGAUUUUAAGUGUAAUAAAUGGUAUAGAGAUGAAAGAAAAAAAAUCACUGCAUUUUCUCACACGUACACCAUUUCUUUGUUGUCACAGAAUAAUAUUUUAGGGUUUUGUAGUUAUAAUGAAACCUCUGCAUUUUUUUUUAAUGUAAAAGUGCCUCCCUCUUGUAAGAAUUAAAUAAAGCCGCAUUUGCAAGUUUCUUUUUAUUUUAA